AACUCUAUCCUGGGAGAUGGCCCCAUUAUCAGGAAGGAGAUUGAGUACCGCGCAAGUCAGUCCCCGUGGUCAGAGGUGCAUGGAGUCAACAUGGUCACCUAUAAACUGUGGCACCUGGAUCCGGACACCGAGUACCACAUCAGCGUGCUGCUCACUCGGCCUGGAGAGGGUGGAACCGGCCCCCCCGGACCUCCGCUUGUGAGCAGAACCAAGUGCGCAGAGCCCAUGCGUCCGCUGCGAGGUCUCGUCGCCACAGAUAUCCAGUCCAGGCAGCUGUCCCUGCAGUGGGAGAAUCUGGCGUUCAACCUGACACGCUGCCACACCUACUCAGUGUCCCUGUGCUACCGCUACACCAUGGCGGGAGGCGGUGGAGGCCACAACACCACCGUGCGCGAGUGCCUGGCAGUGGAGCACAAUGCCUCGCGCUUCACGCUUCGUGAUCUACCGCCGUACCACAACGUUCACGUACGGCUGUCACUGGCGAACCCAGAGGGGAAGAAGGAGAGCAGAGAGGUCACCUUUCAGACUGAGGAGGACAUUCCCGGAGGCAUAGCGCCAGAGUCGCUCACCUUCACCCCCCUGGAUGACAUGAUCUUCCUGAAGUGGGAGGAGCCUGUCGAGCCCAACGGCCUAAUUACGCAGUAUGAGAUCAGCUACCAGAGCAUCGAGUCCUCCGAUCCAGGCAUCAACGUCCCAGGACCCAGAAGAACGGUGUCUAAGCUCAAAAAUGAGACGUACCAUAUGUUCUCCAACCUCCACCCUGGAACGACUUACCUGAUCUCUGUUCGAGCACGUACAGCGAAGGGCUUUGGUCAGACUGCCCUCACCGAAAUCACCACUAACAUCUCAGCGCCUACAUUUGAUUAUGGAGACAUGCCGUCACCUUUAAGUGAGACGGAGAGUACAAUUACUGUGCUGCUGCGCCCCGCUCAGGGCAGAGGAGCGCCGGUCAGCACAUACCAGGUUGUGGUUGAAGAGGAAACUGGGAAGAAAGUGAAGAGGGAGCUGGGGCUUCAGGAGUGCUUCCCGUUGCCCACGUCUCAUGGUGAGGCCCAGGCCCGGGGCACGCCGCACUACUACACAGCCGAGCUGCCGCCCAGCAGCCUGCCAGAGGCCAGUCCCUUCACCGUCGGAGACAACCACACGUACAACGGCUACUGGAACAGCCCGCUGGACCCGCACAAGAGCUACCUGGUCUACUUCCAGGCCAUGAGCAACUUCAAAGGGGAAUCCAGAAUCAACUGCAUCCGCAUCGCUCGCAAAGCUGCUUGCAAGGAUCACCGGAAAACUAUGGAGGUGAUCCAGCACUCUGAGGAGAUGGGACUGAUCCUCGGCAUUUGCGCUGGAGGCUUGGUGGUCUUGAUCCUCCUGCUCGGCGCUGUCAUCAUCGUCAUCAAGAAAGGAAGGGACCAGUACUCUUAUUAUCCGAAACCAGUAAACAAGACUCCCAUUACCUACCGGCAGGAGAAGAGCCAUAUGGGCUCCUUGGAGCGUAGUUUCACAGACCAGAGCACCCUGCAGGAGGAUGAAAGAAUGGCUCUUUCCUUCAUGGAUUCACAUACAUGCGGAACACGAAGUGAUGCUCGUAGCUCAGUGAAUGAGGCCAGCAGCCUGCUGGGGGGCUCCCCGAGGCACCAGUGCGGACGUAAAGGCUCCCCCUACCACACGGGACAGCUCCACCCCGCCGUCCGGGUGGCCGAUCUGCUCCAGCACAUCAACCAGAUGAAGACCGCCGAGGGCUAUGGCUUUAAACAGGAAUAUGAGAGCUUCUUUGAUGGCUGGGACUGCACCAAAAAGAAGGACAAAACCAAGGGCAGGCACGACACCUUGCUGGGAUAUGACCGCCACAGAGUAAAACUUCACCCUCUGCUGGGCGAUCCGAACUCGGACUACAUCAACGCUAACUACAUUGACAUUCGGAUUAACAGGGAAGGCUACCAUCGAUCGAACCACUUCAUCGCCACUCAGGGACCCAAGCAGGAGACUCUGUAUGAUUUUUGGAGGAUGGUGUGGCAGGAAAAUUGUUUCAGCAUCGUCAUGAUCACUAAGCUGGUGGAGGUUGGCAGGGUGAAGUGCUGUAAAUACUGGCCUGACGACAGCGAGAUGUAUGGGGAUGUCAAAAUCACUCUGCUUAAGACAGAAACUCUGGCUGAGUACACAGUUCGCACGUUUGCCUUGGAGAGGAGAGGAUACUCAACCAAGCAUGAGGUCCGUCAGUUCCACUUCACAUCCUGGCCUGAACAUGGCGUGCCCUAUCAUGCCACUGGAUUGUUGGCUUUUAUACGAAGGGUGAAAGCCUCCACGCCUCCUGAUGCUGGCCCUGUGGUGGUCCACUGCAGCGCGGGGGCAGGACGCACCGGCUGCUACAUCGUGCUGGAUGUCAUGUUGGACAUGGCCGAAUGCGAAGGUGUGGUGGAUAUCUACAACUGUGUGAAAACCCUCUGCUCUCGACGCAUCAACAUGAUCCAGACAGAGGAGCAGUACAUCUUCAUCCAUGACGCCAUUUUAGAGGCCUGCCUGUGCGGCGAGACGGCCAUCUUGGUGAACGAGUUCGCGGUCGCUUACAAGGAGAUGCUGCGGGUGGAUUCUCAGAGUAACUCCUCUCCGCUGCGGGAGGAGUUUCAGACGCUGAACUCUGUGACUCCCCACCUGGAUGUGGAAGAGUGCAGCAUCGCUCUGUUGCCCAGAAACAGAGAGAAGAACCGCAGCAUGGACGUUCUGCCGCCCGAUCGCGCCCUGGCCUUCCUGGUCACCACAGAAGGGGAGAGUAAUAAUUACAUCAACGCGGCUCUCGCUGACAGUUUCCACCGGCAAGCUGCCUUCAUUGUGACCCCUCACCCUUUGCCGGGUACCACAGCGGACUUUUGGAGGCUGGUUUUCGACUACGGCUGCACAGCGGUCGUCAUGCUCAACCAGCUCAACCAGUCAAACUCCGCCUGGCCAUGUGUGCAAUACUGGCCCGAGCCCGGUUUACAGCAGUACGGACCCAUGGAAGUGGAGUUUCUGUCCAUGUCAGCGGACGAGGAUGUCAUUACCCGUCUGUUUCGGGUCAAGAACGUCACAAGGCUUCAAGAGGGCCAGCUGGUGGUGUGUCAGUUCCAGUUCCUGCGCUGGUCGGCAUAUCGCGACGUUCCUGACUCCAAGAAGGCUUUCCUCAACCUGCUGGCUCAAGUGCACAAGUGGCAAAGGGAGUGUGGAGAAGGGCGCACUGUUGUGCACUGCCUCAACGGUGGUGGUCGUAGUGGGACCUCUGUGCCUGCAACAUCCUCCUGGAGAUGAUCCAGUACCAGAACAUGGUGGACGUCUUUUAUGCCGUCAAAACUCUACGCAACUGCAAACCCAACAUGGUGGAGUCCCUGGACCAGUAUCGAUUCUGCUAUGACCUUGUCUUGGAGUACCUGGACUGCUUUGAAGACAGAUAGCAGCUAAAUGUUUACGGCAGCGGGUUCUCCCUGCGCUGGAGAUGUGCUUCGGGGCCAACCAGUGACCUCCCCUCUUCUUUAAAGUGUGGACCUCUGGACUGGGCUUUGAACUAACAGGGCAGGAAAGAUGGAGAGAAAAAAAAACAAAAAACCAAGGUUUAAACAUUUAACCUUUAAUGUAAAGUCGUUAUCUCCUCCUUGUUGGUGAUGUUUAUCUCUUUUGAAAUUUUUUUUGUUUCACCUGGUCCACUUUGCCUCUUGAACUGAACCUCUUGUGCUAAAAACAACAUCCAGACCGUACUUUAAGGAAGGCUCGUCGUGGCUGUGCUUCAUCUUUUCAUUCAAACAGGAAGGAGACUGGAUGGUUAUUCCAAAGCUGCAGCUGAGUUACCCAAACUUGGGUGAUUUUUUUUAUUUUAUUUUUUUUUCUGAAUCACUCUCUGCAACAACAAUCCAUUGUGAUUGUGGCAUGACUUAUGUACAAUACCAUAAACUGCCUUAUUGUAAAAUGGUAAAAAAAAAAAAAAAAUUAUAUUUGUUCAAAUUUACACAUAAAUUAAAAAAAACUAAAAGUCAUCACACUGCUGGAGAAAACCACACCCAGAACCAGAACUGAGAGGUCGCCUUCAGCACUCGGCAGUAUUGCGGCUGUAACUGUUUAGUAUUGCAGUGUGAUGUGUUUCGCCCAUUACGUCUGUGCUGGAUUACCACGUGUGCUAUAGCUGGGCAUUUCCAGGCAGCACAGCUGGAGUUUUGGUGCCACGACGAGAGAUCCAUGUCUCAUUACUCUCACAGUGCCAAUCCCGCUGACUGACUGACUUGAAUCCUUUUGCUUUGUUCUUCUGCUUCAUCCUGAUGUAUGUCAACAAACAUACAGCACGAACUGCAUCAUCUAAGUGAUUGUUUGUAUUUUAUAUACCCCCAUGCGAAAGAAGAAAGAUCAGCGGGAAACUUUGCUGAGCUGCCAUGGUGCUCGUGUGAAAACUGAUGUUCAUCUAAUACUGUGGUGAUGUGUCAUGCCAGUGCAGCGAUAACGGGUUUUCACCAUUUUUGUUGUCUGAAGCAUUAGGUUAUUCUGUAAACUAACAAAGCGAGCUAAAUCAGUUUCAAUUUGAACAUUUCAGGUGUGGGAAUCUUCGACAUGAAAUUAGUUGUUAGUGGUGUAAAGUAAAUAUGUACUGUAUAAUAAAGAGGUGCAUUAAAAUUGUGCAGAGGGGGGGAAAAAAACACAUCAAGCAUCAGGAUGUGUCACUGGGCUUACUUUACUGGUGGAUUCAUAUCCCCUAUCUGGUGAGAAUAUGCUACAAUAUGGAGGAGGAAUAAAUAACAUCUGACCUCAGAAGAUGCUGUAUGAUUACCACAUGCCAGAUAAAAAAACAUUUUCCAGCUGCAGGUCAGUAGCGCUGACUACUGGAUCUGUGUGUGCCUGUGUCAGGUUGGAAUAUGGGAGGCACAUAACGAGCUAAGCCAACCAGUCUGCAACCAUUCUGAAUUAGAGAGAAAACAUUUUCUUAUCUAUUCUAGGCAUGGGCUGGUUUCCUGUUUAAUUUAUUGCACCGUAUUUUUUAGAAAAUAAAAAGGUUCAUACACAGUCUUAACAUGUCAGAAAAUAUACGUAGUUUUCUUUAAACAAUUUCCAGGUCUAAAUAGGUAUGGGAAGCACUUUGGGUAUCCAGACAAUUUUCUUUAUCCUGUUUUCUGAAGAACAAAAAUCAGAUAAUGCUUCAUGCGAGCUAUAGAUUUCACAUCAUGUUAUGUUAUGCUUUGUUUUUGAUUUGCCUGGUCAUGACUUGAUUUUAUUAAUUUACCCACUGGUAUUUUGAGUUUUGACUUGACCUGUGGUUUCUUAACUGGGUCUGGUUAAAAUGCCAAAUGACUAGAAAAAACUUUGAUGGUUGGAUUUUCAAGAAGCAAAUGUUCAGUAGUUGUAAAGAGUUUAUAUUUGCGGUAGGGUAUUCCAGUCCUUACUUACAAGCCCAAGAGGCACAGAUUUGGAUAUAGAAUACAUUUAUUUUAGUCCAAAAGUGACAAAAAAGCUGUGAAAUGGCCCUAUUUCACAUUUCAAAAUAUUUGAAGCAGUUCCAGCACUGUUUUGUGUCAUAAUUUGUGAAAACUAAGUCCUUAUUGUUACGCAAGUUGUUAAAAGGAUAACAUUGUGAAUUCAAAAAUCUCUAGUAUCAUAAAAAACUCAGGAAAAAUAUCUAAGAAUUUAUGUCUGAAACAUUAAAAUAAAAAUAUGUAGAGACCCUGUAAAACAUAUUUAUUAAAACCACCAAAUUGUUGCAUCAUACUGUUUCUGAGAUGCCAAAGAUUAUCUUGGAAUAUAAUCUGUUUUGUUGCUGAGGGUUGUCAGUCAAGUGUGUUUCAUAGCAGAUUGAGACCAAUACUUUAAAACUAUUUAUUUUUUCUUUACCUAAUGAGACAAAGCCCUAAGUUCUUUAGAAAUUGUUCCGCAAGUGAAAACAACCAUUCUGGGCUGCAAGUAGAGUGCAUUACGUCAGCUUUUAGAGUAACGGCAUGUUGAAACAAACUUUUACAACACGCCAGGAGACCAACACAUUCAGUGAUAAAACCAACUUAAAUACAGACUCUCCUAACCCUACCAGAAAAUAUAGCAUGGCUGAUUAAUUAUCCAGCAACUUGUCAGAUUCAGUUACUUUGAAUAUAGCAGACCACAAAAAAUGGUAUGUUUAACAAAUGUUUAAUUUGUUAUCUGAAUCACUAACUAAUAUGUUUGUUUACAUCCGCAUGUAGUCAAACAAAGGGUGGAACGACCUUGUCUCAUGAUCCUUGUCUUAACAAUAUUUUGAACUACUGAAUCCCAAUAUUUCAUUAACUGUAUUUUAAAGAAACUGACUUAUAUUUUAGUUUUUAGAUUUUCUUGUUGAGACAGGGGGUCUCAUCUUCAGGAGUAACCUGUUUUAAUUACAAAUACAAGACAGCAACAUGUUAGAAAAGAUGCUAUUCAAUACCAUUUGUACAAAUAGUUAAGUGAACAAUUGUGUAGAACAUUACAAUCCUGGUUUGACUAGUCCUUAUAUUGCUUUUCCUGGUUGUCUCGAGCUGUAGAUUUCCUAAAGCCAUAGCAAAAAAGAAUAUGUUUCUCUGCAUUUGAAAAAAAAUAGAAUAGAUGGUUCAUAACAGUAAAAGUUGCUUUAAAGAAUCUGUUCAGUGUAGAAAUGAGCACUCCAGGUUUAAUCUUUGUUUUGUAGAGAUAAUGUUGCAAGAUCUUUUUGCAUCUCUAACGUAAAACUUUGCUUAUGAGUUGUCCCGCGCAGGGUGGGUUUUCGUACGUGACUAACAAAAAACUAGUAUGGAAAGGCAAAGAGAUAAAAGGCCUGCACUGCUGUCCAGCUCGCGUGUUUAUUGACUUUAAAGUUCUAAAUAACAGUGACUGAAUUAUUAAGAUUUCAACCGUAAUUUUUAAAAUUCAACAUGUUAGACUGAUUUUUAAAACGAGCAACUUUCAAGACACUCAUCUGUCUACUCUGUGAUGUCUAUGCAAAAUAAACCUUAGAUACAUUUCCUCAAAAUAAAUCUAAUUAAAAUAUGGCUAUAUAUGUUCUAGUGGAGUUUUAUUGAUCCAUAUAGCAAUAUGUCAUAUUUUAGCUAACAAAGGUUACUUUAUAUAUAUAUAUAUAGUUAGAUAUAUAGAUAUAGGUAUAAAUACAAGCAACUAGAACAUGCUAUACAUUUGUACCUAAUCCCAAACUACAAUGGUAUAUUUGUUCAGGCAUUGUCAGUUUUAAACCAACCCAUGCCUAAUAUACGUAUGCCUUCCUUUCUAGAAUCACUAUGUAUCCAGUACUUUGUAUUAUCACCACAUGAAACAUGUUCUGCUAAACCAUCUCUCCUGAGGCCCCGGUAUGAAGAGGCCUGCUGAAGAGGGCGGUGAAGGCCCGGCUUCAGGACCUGCCUUGACAAACAUGGGGGAAGUCAGAUGCCCGCUGAAGCUGAAAAACGGCAGCUACAGGCAAUAUCUGCUAAUAGUUUGCAGCUCACAGUCUGCUUCAUUUUGGAGUGACACGCUGUGUGAGGGAUAGUUCACACACACACACACACACACACACACACACAUACACACAAUUAAAGCAGCUUGGGUUUUGAUGAAAAGCUAAAGAGCAGCAGUCAGUGAUCUGGCUCCAGGACAGCUGGAGGAAGUGCCUGGCCACUUUUUUCCUUGAGCGAGGAAGGAAUGUGUACAUACAGAUGUAUAUUGUUCUGUGAAUACUAUGUGAAUAAUAUGUUAUAUGUCUGCUCUGAGUAAAGACGUUCAGUAAGUAACCACUGCAUAACCAUAAAGCUGAAUGUGCUGUAAAUGACCUUUUUUUGUGAUUUUUUUUUUUCUUUUUUUUGUUGUUGCUAGGCUUCAGAGUUUGAGUGUUGAUCCCCUACCCUCAUCAAAGCACAUGUGAAUUAUUCUGCUUUUCAUUUCAUUUGAUUGAUUUCAGCCUAUACUGCUCUGCACAUGAUUUGUUUUAACCACUUUGUCUGUAUAUUGUACUUAAACCAUUCCAAAGCUCUCUGGUUAUGGCUGCGACCGCCAGCGCAGCCUCACUGACUCCCCAUGCUUAUAUCUGUACGAAGCAUACAUGACCACUGUGUUUUUGACCAUUGUAAUUGUGGAGAACAGGGGUUUAUUUAAGGGUAGAGAUAGAGGGGAGGGGCAGAUGUAUAUCACAGUCAGAAAGGAGUUCCCUGUGAAGGAUAGUAAUCAACAAUAAAAGAACAAAGGGAGGAAAAAGA